UUUGAAUAAGGAAUGAGCAAUGAAAGUGUAUCCUUAGGGACCUAGUUUUUUAUCACUGAUGUUUUUUUAUUACUGACUUCAUGAUGAAAAUAAUCGAUUGUUUCAAAACUAUGUGAAGCAACACUUCCUGGAUUUCAAAAGACAUCAUUUCAUCAUGGGACAACAGAUUUCGGAUCAGACGCAGUUGGUUCUUAACAAGUUACCAGAAAAAGUAGCAAAACAUGUCACAUUGGUUCGAGAAAGUGGCUCCUUAACUUACGAAGAAUUUCUUGGGAGAGUAGCUGAACUUAAUGAUGUAACUGCUAAAGUGGCUUCUGGUCAGGAAAAACAUCUUCUCUUUGAGGUACAACCUGGGUCUGAUUCCUCUGCCUUUUGGAAAGUGGUUGUACGGGUGGUCUGUACCAAGAUUAACAAAAGCCGUGGCAUUGUAGAAGCAUCACGGAUCAUGAAUUUGUACCAGUUUAUUCAGCUUUAUAAAGACAUCACAAAUCAAGCAGCAGAAGUGUUGGCACAGAGCUCCACCUCUGAAGCCCCUGACGAAAACUCGUCAUCUGUAACAUCUUGUCAAGCUAGUCUUUGGAUGGGAAGGGUGAAGCAGCUGACUGAUGAGGAGGAGUGUUGUAUCUGCAUGGAUGGUCGAGUUGACCUCAUCCUGCCUUGUACUCACAGCUUUUGUCAGAAGUGCAUUGAUAAAUGGAGUGAUCGACACAGGAAUUGCCCUAUUUGUCGCCUGCAGAUGACUGGAGCAAAUGAAUCUUGGGUGGUGUCAGAUGCGCCCACUGAAGAUGAUAUGGCUAACUAUAUUCUUAACAUGGCUGAUGAGGCAGGCCAGCCCCACAGACCAUGACCUUGAGUGAAGUAUUUUGUUGCUAUUGUGGGCUACAAACACGUGGGUCAUGGGGAAAGAAUGCAGGGAUGUUGGGCGCAGGCACCGAGAACUCACUUUUCCCCACCCUCUUAUUUUCGCUUUUCUGACAAUUUGUCCCAUUUCUUUUGAUUAACUUUUCAUGUCUUCCAUUUAUGGUAAAUUAAAACUUGCUACUGUUCUAGACCAUUAUUUUCCUAUUAUUUAUCUGUUCUAAUAUAGCUUAUUAGAACUAAUUGCUCUUGAAUCCUUUGCUGCAGUAACAGCAACAUUUCCAGAGGCUUCUGAAACACUACUAUUUUUCAGGGUAGGAGCAUUCUGGAA